AUGCGUGACAGAACUUACUGCUACUCGGUCCUGCAAAUCCGAAUUCCAGACGUUUUAAAUGCACCACUCAUUGACGAGACGCUUAAGCGAAGGUACUCGGACAAUGAAGAUGUCAAGCGGCGAAAGCUUGAUGUGAGCGAGGAGCACGGUUCUCAAGUACAGGAGGAACAUGCCUCAGAUCCAGACUUCUCGGGCAAGGUGUAUAGUUCGCUGGUCCGUUCCGCCCUCGACAGGAUGGAAAAGGACGAUUACUCUGCUAUCGACGCAUUGGCUGCACAGCUCGCACUGCCUCGAAGCAAUGCCGAGUCGAUCUCGUCAGAGAAGCUGGUGCAAAUGCUACGUGUUCUGACUGGAGAGGUCACGAGACUCGACAACAAGGCCAGCGUCGCGCUUGUGCAGGCACUCCUUAAAAUCGACUGGUUUGAGUACGAGAGCGACGACUUCUCCAGGGCAUACUCCACCUUUCUGUCUGUACUCGUAUCUGGAAUACCGAAGUGGUGGAACGAGGUCGCCACGAUGCUUGUUGGUGAUUUUACCCGCAGAGAGCAGCUCGACUCGCACCAUAGUACGCUCAAAUAUAUUAUUCAGGUGAUUCCGACAUCGACGAACGCCAUUCCGGGUAUUUUGAAGCGCCAGUUCCCCAAUAAGACUGCUCCCAAGGCCGAUUUGGUGAACUAUGUGCGCAAUCUCCUUUUUCUGCUGGGCUACUGCGACCAGGUGCGCCACGCAGUUUGGCAGCUGAUCGUUGAGAACUGCAUCAAAUUGGACGUGGAGCUACAGAACGAGCUCGAGGAGCUGGACGACGAGGAUUUGGAAGAGGCCUUGAACAGCGACGAGGAGGAGGACGACGCAGACGACGCGGACGACGCGGACGAGCUCAGCGACGAAGACGAGUUUCUGGACGAGGAAGAGUUCCAGGUCGAGAUACACAAGGUGAGCAAUCUGUCGUCGAAGCUGGAUAGCGUGAUGCGCCUGCUGAUGGACUCCACGGCGCCCGUUUUCAAACAGGACCUGUCUGCGGGCAUUGCUCUGUUCAAUACGCUGGCCACGCUCUUCAAGUCGCAUGUUCUUCCAACACAUUAUACCCGAUGCAUCCAAUAUCUCAUGUUCUAUGUUGCGCAGCAGCAUCCGGACCUCACAGACUCGUUUCUUGUGAUGUUGAUCGAUAUCGUCUUCAACGUCAACGAGAUCGGCUCCAACAGAGUCAAGGCCAUGCAAUACGUGUCGUCGUUCAUUGCCAGGGCCAAAAGUCUCUCAAAACAGCAGCUGGUGUUUGUGAUCAAAUACCUCACGUCGUGGUGCUCUGUUUUCGUAGCAGAGCGCGAAAAUGAAAUUUCUAACGGCCACGGCGGCAUGGAAAGGUUCAAAAUCCUCUACUGCGUGUUUCAGGGUCUGCUGUACAUCUUCUGUUUCCGCCACAGAGAGCUCAAGAACGAGAAGGACGAGUGGGAGCUGAAUCUUGACAAAUUCUUCAACAAGCUCAUUAUCUCGGGCUUCAACCCACUCAAGUACUGCAACGAGACCGUUGUGCUGAUUUUCGCGCGGCUUGCACAGCAGGUCGACCUCUGCUACUGUUUCUCGAUCAUCGAACGCAACAAAAGAGAGAGACUCAACGGAAUCAAAAACAUGCAGGCCGGCUCCGUUUUUGAGAGCAAGCAAGAAUUCCUCGACCUCGAAGCUUACUUCCCAGCUUGUUGAGGAGCAUUAUGUUGAAUGGGAAAGCAUAGACGACAGCGAGAGUGAAUAACGUGAAUAAUUAGUACGUACACUAAAUCAUUAAUUAUAUCAUUAAUCUUCGUAUGUUGGUCACCUUCCACUCUUUUGCCGACUGGCUGUAUUUGCAACCAACCAGACGUUUGCCCGUUAUCGGGCACUUGCCGCCAUUUUCGUCGCCCUCGCGCAGAAACGUGUAGAUGCAUUUGUAGCAGAAAACGUAACCCGUCUCGAUCACUGCCGGGUUGUGGAUUUCCUCCAGGCAGAGCGGACAAUUUGGCGAUUUCGUCACCAUUCUGCUGCGCAUCUUGCGCAAAGCGGCAACCUUGCUGUUCAGCAGCGGCGGCACCUGUGGCGUUCUUUCGGUGACGGUGUGCGUCUUGAAAUUUUUUUUCACGUCAGACGUGUUCCACCACUCGAGGAAUUUGAGCAGGAAAAUCGACACGGGGAGAACAGACUCUGAGCCAAAGAGCAGCGACUUUUUAAGCGGAUAUGCCACUUGCGAGUAAGCGGCAACCACCGAUUCUGAGAGCGAGAUCGGCCUUAUGCGACUGGAUUUGGGCUCUGUGGACACGCCUUGGAGGUAUGCCGCUGUACGGUCCUCUGCCAGCUUGUAGUCGAACUGGUUGAGCCUGGAGUACUGGAUUUUGAACAGGUAUUGGAGCACACUUGCGGACUUGAACUUGCCCGAUAAAUACAACACUUUGAACACGAUGUUGGCCAACUUUAAUACCGUUGAUAUCGCAGGAUAUAGCUUGAGAAACCAGUAUUUGGCCAGAUCCUUCUUGCUCUCGUCAGGUUUCAGUCUCUGCAUGAGAUAUUCUGGCAACAAGCUGUCGUAGAGCUGAUCAAGCUUCUCCUUCAAGAACGGGACCAAAACAACCUCAGCGAGCGAGACACCCACCUGGCUCCGUGUGAGCCGUUUCAAAGUUUCGUAUUUAGUCAGCUGCCCCGCAGCCGUGGUUUCGAGUGUUAGGUCCAGGUGAUUGCACCGUUUGAGCCCGUAAAACUUCUCAAUAAAUGUAGAGUUCCAAUUGCGCAGAAAGGAGUACUCCACCAGUCCUCUGAUUGCAAGAUUCAGUUCAUCGAAGUGGUUUAGGAUCCUGAUAAGAUAGCGGGGGUAUCUAUUGGCGUAGUGGACCAGAACAAACCGGAUACUUGGAGAAAGCAGGUUUUCCAGCUCCUUGGCGCUGAUCACCUCAAACAGAGUUGGGGUGUUUCUGUCCAAGGAGCGGGAGUCCAAAUUGGAGUAAAAGUCCAUAGCCGGUAAAUAAGCGAAAAAUAAUAAUUUGUAUUAAAAUAAUAAAAUAAUUAUUUAUUUACCAUGACCGACAGACUCACGCAGUUGCAGAUCUGUCUCGAUCAGCUUUCGGACAUGUUUUUUGCUUCGCUAUCGUACGUUGACCAGAACCACGCUGCAGUGCGAUUGACGGAGGGAGAUGAGAUGCUGCCGGACCCAGAUCACAAUCCCCCAUCGGAAACAGAAUUC